UUCCCAGGAGGAGAUUCUCAGCGCAAUCCCUGGAUUUUGCCAGCAAGAAGAAGCUCCUGCUCCAGCGGCUGCCAAUGCCGAGCUCGCCGCCGGACACACAGCCCUCGCAGGAGAUUCGCGAGGGCGAGGGCAGCGAUGGCGAUGGAGAUGCCGAUGGCGAGGGUAACAACGAUCGGUUGGAGGUAAAUUUCAAUACCCAGGGAUACAUCCAAUCGCCGGCUCCUCCCGCGACGAAGAAUGCGGCAAGAGCAGCGGGGACUCCGCCAGACAGCCAGCGCAGCGACCGAAGCUUCAACGGGGCUUUCGAGAGCGAUCGAUCGCAAUCGCCGUGCAGGCCAUUGCACUGGCCGAAUCUUCCUGGUGUGGGCUUGACCACGCAAUCGCCCAGCAUUCGUGGAAGGGAUUGCAGUAGCUCCAGCCCGAAACAGGAUGGAGGAGAGAGUGGCAGUCCAGGAUUUGACACUGGUGGAAGGCGGUCGAGCGCUAAAAGGGGAAGAGAAGAAACAACGAUCGCGUUGGAAAGCCUCGAUUUUUCUCAGUUCGUCAGUCCAGCGAAGAACAGAGAAGCAGCGGCGACGACACCGCCACCUCGUCCAUCCAUUGUUGGCGAUCGUCAUCCAACACCGCCACCACCUCCAGCCAUUGUGGGCGAUCGUCACCCAACACCGGUUCCAUCUCCGGGGAUUGUGACACCGCCUCCAAGCUCGCACGACGUCGAGAAAGUGCUGUCGAAUCCCCGCUCCAUCCCCGCUCGGGAUCUCAUAACCACAGUGGCGUCGAGCUCCGGAGGAAAGAAGGCGAGCACCAGGCUCGCCGAGGCUGACGAGAACUUCAUCAGUCCCAACUCGGAGCUUGUGACUUUGAGGAGGAGGAGGAGGAGAUUGCUGAGCAGCAGCUCAUCGACACCCCAACCAAGUGAUGGCGGUGGCGAUGGUGACCAUAACGAUCAUCACGAUCGCGAUCAUCACACGAGCAGCUCGAAGAAAGCGAGGACUGGAGCUCCAAGGAACGUGGAAGCUGUGAUAACUUCUUGGAUGAGGCCUUGCCGGGAGGUGAAGGACUUUGGAGUCGCGGCGUUCGCGGCAGCACUGCAAAGGAUUGGAUACAAGCUGCCUGGUUUUGGAAAUGGCUAGAAAAAAAGCUGGUCCACGCCUUUUGUAAGGGACGGACGCGAUUUGCGCACCCUUUUGGAACGGACGGACACGAUUUGGCAGGAAUUGUAUUAAAGAAUGAUUUAGGUCAUUUAUUUCUUACGAUGGCGAGCCAGAAGUUUUUGGUGACAA